GCACCAUGAAUCAAAUCACAAAAAGGCUCAAGAAUGUGAUGACAGUAUGAAGUUGUCAUCAGCAGCCACACUACUGCCUAAUGGUACAAACAUUCACCUGGAUUAGCUUCUUAUGAGAAGACUUACUAUGGCAUUAAAAUUCUUUCUUAUGUGAAGAAUUGUCAUUGUUUGGUUCUUUAGUGUGAGCCCUGAAGACUGUUACUGCUUAGAACCAUUAUAUUGUACAAAUAUAUUUGUGUGCUGUUUAUUUGUUUCAGAAACUAGUAACUAUUUAUUUGCAUGCUUGCCAAGUUAUUGAUUUUUUUUCUCUAAUUAGAUUGUGGUUAUGAUGGUUAAUUUACUUUUUUAUAAUUGCCAAUCUUAUAAAGGAGAAAAAUGAUAUUAGUUUCAGCUUUUAAAAUUGACUCAUGUGUCGAGCAUGUUAGAUGUGGUAUGUAUACUUCCAUUAUAACAAACUAGAAUCCUAUUGUAUGUAAUACUAGAAUAGCUGUGACAGUUUGGUUACCAAGUUACCAAUGAAUGCCUUGAAGAAAUAUGGUGGUUAUGUCUCAGGUAAUCCUUUUUUAUUUGUUUGAGAGAUCAAAUGCUCUAAACUUUGUAUAAUAAAAAUGCACAAUAUUAAUGUGCCUAUGCUAUGAAUGUGAAAAAAGGUGAAAAAGUGGAAAGAACAGAGAAAGAACACCCAGUAUAUCAUUUAUAUUAAUUUUGUGUCACAUUUUGAGAAUGCUCAGUCUUGAUCAUUAGACUACAUACUAAAUCUGCCUUGUUAUUAAGAAUCUGAUUACUUAAUUAGAAAUGUUUGAGUUGUUCUCCAUUUAUUCACACAGGGUAUGUUUGCAGUCUAUAAUCCUACCUUUUCUCUGUUUACUUUGGAGGAUUUAGAUGUUAAAAAAAUGUUAAGCAAACUUGCAUUGUGGUGAAUGUCGUUUAUAAAAUGCAUGGCUUGAUUUAGAAGCAAUGUUAAAGAAAUAUUAAAUAUUUGCACUGUGGUCAAUGUCAAGUUUAUGAAAUAUAAAAUUUCUUUUCUUUAUAGCAAACACGAAGUAGAAAUGAUACUAGACAUAAAGGAUAAUUAGUAAAGAGUGGUUUUUAUGUUAGAUAUAAUUUACAUCACUUUGGAACCGAUGAAACUUUUUAUAUAUAUAUUGAUUGAGAGGAGGUAAUUGUAUAGAGAAAGAGCCACAUUAACAAAGUCAUCAUCAGUAGAUGAUAGUCUACCAUAGGCAGUAUCUUGAGCUUUCUACUGUCAGUGAUAUGAAUAUUAAAUUUUUGUACCAAUUUAUAAUUUUGUGUAAAACAUAACAAUUACUGACAUAAAUAUUAUGAGAUACUGACUUUCUACUGCCUGCUAAAUAGCUAGGUCUGUUCCUAAUAUCUGUACCUCCUCUCUUCCUAAGGUCCAUUUACAGUUUCAUCAUUUACAUUAUGAUAAUGGUGAUCAAGCUUACGCAAUAAGUUAUUUGCUGCCACAGGUGUUUUAUGUUUUGGUCACAUUAUGCAGCUAAUAUUUGUUAGAAAAUAAUGAAAUAACAAGAUUUUAAUUGAU